AUGGACGCACCUCGUAAACACCAGGUAUCGUUGCGAGGAGCGAGUGCGAAGGAGAUUACGCGAGAUGAUCUUCUCCAGAAGGUUUCGCGGGAAAGAGAGCUUCGGAAUUAUGCAAAACGUGCUGCUGCUGCUGCUCUCUUCGUUCAGAGAGUAUGGAGGCGCUUCAAGGUUACAAAAAUGGUUGCUCUGCAGCUUCAGCAGGAGUGGGAGAUGUCGGUGAAUAAUUAUAAUGGGGUGAUGACUGCAAAUUGGAUUUCAAACAACUUGUUGAGGCCAUUUCUGUUCUUUGUGACUCGGUUCUCAAAUUGGUAUCGAAAGGUUCAUAGCAAGAAAACAGACUCUAUGAGGAUCUGCUUUACAAUCUUAUUGGAAAGCCUGAAUUCUUCUGAUUCAAAGCUGAACUAUUGCUUUUUGGCGAUUGGUACUUCUGAAGAGAGAAUAAUUUGGUGUUACCAGGCACAGCGACUUAUUUCUCUUGGGUUUUCGGUUCUUUCAGAGUAUAGUGAAUGCAAUUCAGGGGCUCAAGAUAUUACUGUUGUUACAUCUCUAGCAAUGCGUAUUCUUGUAAUGUUAACUGAUCUAAAAGGAUGGAAAGGCAUUACAGAUGACAACUGCUUAGAUGCAGAUUUAGCCGUGAAAGGUUUAGUUGAGUUCAUAGGGAGUAGUAAAAGUGGCAGUUAUGUUUCUAUUGCCAGAUAUAUUAGUGCAUUGGAUAAACACUCUUCCCAGAUGAAAGUUGUCACCCAGGCUGAUGAGAAGUUUUUUAUUACUGCAAGUGCAAUAACUUUAGCUGUGCGGCCCUUUUCACUGACAAACUUUGAUGGAGAAAGGCCUUGUAUGCUGAAUGGCAACCAUGCUGCUAAGCAGUAUAUUUUAUAUCUAAUGUCUAUUCCUUGGCUAGUGCAACAUAUCCCACCUGUUCUUCUGCCUGCUUUAAAACACAAAUCGAUUAUGUUCACGUGUUUUCAGGCACUAUUGAUUUUGAAAGAGGAUGUUUUAAUGGAGAUGUCAGAGUUGGUUAACUCAGAAGUUCUCGUUUCUUUCAAGGAUAUUCCGCCAGUUGGUUGGUCUCUUGCUAACUUUAUAUGUCUAGCAACAGGGAAGGAAAACAAUUAUGUAGACUCCGGAUCCUUCAAUCAAGGUCUAGACUGUGCAUUGUACGUCCAUGUUAUUGUCACUCUAACAGAAAGCCUACUCGCAUGUCUUGAUAAUAUUGAAUGGCUCAAAAAGAAGAAAUCUCUUCAAACUGAUGCCGAAAGUUCAACCCACGAGUCGUUAAUAAUGCCAUACAUGGAUCAAUUUAGGCCUGUCUGUCAGCAAUGGCAUCUCACAAAUCUUUUGGCAUCAGUGAAUAGAGAUGCCACCAACAAGGCUGAGACUUCGAUCUCAAACAGUCUGGAAUGUUUGGGGAAGCUAGAUCUGUGUGACAUUGCACUUUUUUAUUCUAACUUACUUAGAGUAUUUUCAGCCUUCAGUCCAAUUCGUGGAUCUUUACCAGUUCUUAACAUGCUAUCAUUUACUCCUGGAUUUCUUGUGAGAUUGUGGAGUGAACUUGAGGAUUCCUUUUUCUCUGAAGACAAUCAUAUGUCGGAUAAUCACUUAAGUGAAAAUGGAAACCAUAAAGCUUUUGAGAAGAUUCCAAAACAGGCAAGUAAAGAUGGGGCCAGUAAGUGGGUCAGCGUACUUCAUAAAUUUACAGGUAAGUCACAAACCGCAACAGACUGCACAGAUCCCAUUGACAGUCACUCUGCACCUAGCAAAGUGAAUUUAGAACCAUCAGAUGUAUGGGACAUAGAACCUAUGAGGCAGGGCCCACAAGGCAUUCCAAAAAGUAUGUUUGCGGUGCUUCAUCUUUUCUGUGCAACCUAUUCUCACCUGCUUUUAGUUCUUGAUGACAUAGAGUUUUAUGAGAAACAGGUUCCAUUCAAGUUAGAGCAGCAACGGAGAAUUGCAUCAAUGCUUAAUACCCUAGUCUAUAAUGGCCUGUCUCAUGUUAGUGGUCAUCGUAAUAGGCCCCUCAUGGAUUGUGCUGUCCGAUGCUUACAUUUAAUGUAUGAAAGGGAUUGCAGACAUCCAUUUUGUCCUCCUGAUUUGUGGCUUUCUCCUGCUAGAAAAAGUCGACCACCAGUUGCAGUUGCUGCUAGAACUCAUGAAAUUAUUUCAGCCAACCUGAGAUCUGAUGAUUCAUCAUCUUCUCCGAGUCUAGGCUCUGUUAUCACUGUGACUCCCCAUGUUUUCCCAUUUGAAGAAAGGGUGCGGUGGCAGAGAUGGAAAAGCGGCCGCUUCAGCCGCGUUACCGGGUCGCGGGAAAUUCCCGGGCAGAGCGACUCUGAAGUUGAAGAUGAAGAAUUGGAGGAAUAUGAAGAAGAUGAAGAAUUUGAGAAAUAUUUUGAUGAUGCUACAUGA